AAUGUCCAUUUAUUCAAUUUGGUUCCUUUAGGGUGGCUUAGUAAACCAUGGAGGGAUGUACCAAAGAACUCUCAGGAAAAUCUUGAAUUUUUGAAAUCCUACCAGCCUGGAAAUGUCAAAAAUCUCAGAAUUCUGCUUCAUGGACCAGUUGGUUCUGGCAAGUCCAGUUUCAUCAACUCUGUCGACAGCGUUUUACAAAACAGAAUCACUGUUGGAGGUGCAGUAGAUGCAAUCACUGGAGGAAGCAGCUUCACCCAAAAAUACACAACUUACAAAAUCAGCAAAGACCCAGAGGGAUCUUAUUCUUUCGUUUUCAAUGACACCAUGGGCUUUGAGCGAUCAGCUGGACGUGGAGUUCAUGUGGAAGACAUCAAACUGGCCCUGAAGGGACACGUGAAGGACGGUUACAAGUUCAAGCCUGAAGAACCGCUAACAGAAGGUGGUUUCUACAACCCAUCUCCCACUCUGGAUGAUAGAGUUCAUGUUCUGGUUUCUGUUGUUCCUGCUGACACGCUGUCUAUAAUGACGGGAGAAGAUGUGAAGAAGAUGAGAGAGGUCAGACGGGCAGCCAGUGAAAUGGGGAUUCCUCAACUGGUUCUUAUCACCAAAAUUGAUGAAGCCUGUCCAAAAGUCAGACGAAAUAUCAAAUAUGCCUAUUGGAGCAAAUUCCUGAAGGAACAGGUUGACAAAUUCAUCUGUCUGCUGGGCAUGCCACUGAACUGCGUCUUUCUUGUGAAGAACUACCAUUCAGAGACCAGAAUAAGUGAUGACAUUGAUGCUCUGAUAUUGGUCGCACUGAGACAGAUCAUCUCCUUUGGCGAAGACUUCCUUAACAAACUGCAGGACUGAUGUACAACUGCUGAGGAACAUUUUGUACAUUUGAAACAUGAAAGAAAUGAUCUAACUCUGAUGUGCAUUAAUACUUGUUGCUUUUAUUCAAUGUCAAGCUUUUCAUGUAUCUAGUAUUCAUUAAAUUGUAGAAAAAAUCAUGACACACUUCAAAUUUGAGCUUAUAACUUGUUCAUACAUUUUUUAUUGCCUGUUAUUUUACUUAGUUGAAUACAAAAUGGUAACAUGAAACAACCUCCUGCUCAAAGACUGUGCUUUUUGUGUGUGGAAACAUGAAAAAAUAAUCACAUGAAUAAACUGAAAACCCUUUAAAAUGUACACCAGUCCAUUGUGAGUUAUGUUCUUUUGAGUGGUUAUUUCUGCUUGUCUUAAAAAAGAAAUCAACUCA